AUGCCUGACCCAUCGAGUUCAAGCAUAGAAGAACCGGCCCCUACAGUACCUAGAGGGAAUGGCGAAAAAUCCGUUCGACAAAUUGUCGAGGAGGCUAGUAGGCAAAAUUCGACUCUACAAAAUAAUAUGUUUGCAGAGCCUGGAGAAGUCUUUAGUCAAGAAGCUGUUGUCCCAGGUAUAAUCAGGCUACCGGAUAAUAAUAAUGGAAAUGAAAUUUCCGUUUUUACAAACCAGAUGCGAGAUACAAGAGACGAUGUGAUUCUCAACAUGAACAACCAAGUAUUAAAACUUACCGACAUGCUUGCGAACCUUGUUACAAACCCCAAUAAAACGAGGGACGUAGACGCGUCGCAGUUUGCCGUCACCCGUAGAUCUCAAACCGAGACUCAGGGACAGUCGGGAAACUAA